CUUCGCUUCGGAGGUGCCUGCCUGCAAGUCCUCGGUCUUAACUCUGGCCUACUCUGACACAGGGCCCCGCACGACCACUGGGAGCAGUUGGCACUGAUUAUCUAAAUGGACGCCCUCAUCGCCAAAGCAGAUGCGGUACGCCCAAUAACGAAGAAGAGGCGUAUUCACAAGGAUGAACCAGCGAAGAAGUCGAGCUCAUCACGUCCAGGUCCUUCAGAUGACCGCACGCUGGGCUCGGUGUCCCUGCAUACCACAUUGCCAAAGUCUCUUCGACCGACGUCUCCUCCUCCGGAAAACGUGCCCAAAUAUGGUCACGUAAAGGACAAGAAGCUUCGAACCCAACUGACGAGACAGUCAUCGCAAUCCGCGAGGGCGAGGGCAUUGGUGAAGGAUGCAGAGCUUUUACUCACGGAGGAGGCGGGGCUCAUGGAGGUGGAGGGAGACUUAGAGAAGACUUGGAGGGUUGGUCAGGACGAGAUUGCACAAGCGGCAGGGCAAGAAGCUGCGCAAGGACGGAAAGAGUGGAAGUUAGAUGGUGGGCCGUACCGCGCGAGUUAUACGCGGAAUGGAAGACAUCUUGCCAUCGUUGGUAGAAAAGGCCAUGUCGCGACGUUUGACUGGCAGACUGGGACGAUGCAUGCUGAGCUACAACUCAGAGAGACAUGCCGGGACAUUACAUUCCUUCAUGACCACUCGCACUUUGCGGUGGCUCAGCAGAAGUAUGUUUACAUCUACGACCGCGACGGUGUCGAAUUGCACCAACUGAAGUCGCAUAUUGAGCCCACAAGGCUUGAGUUUCUCCCAUACCACUGGCUCCUUGCUAGCGUUGGUAAUGCGGGCUAUCUCAAAUACCAAGACACCUCUACGGGUCAAUUGCUCGUCGAGCAUCGCACAAAACUCGGUGCGCCAAGCGCCAUGACUCAAAACGCACACAACGCGGUCAUUCAUCUCGGACACGCCAACGGCACCGUCACCCUCUGGACGCCGAACCUCCCGCACCCCGCUGUCCGGUUGUUGGCACACCUCGGGCCCGUCGCGAGUGUCAGUGUCGAUCCGAGCACAGGUGGGAGGUACAUGGCGACGGCAGGUCAGGAUGGGCUAGUGAAGGUCUGGGACUGUCGGAAUUGGAAAGGUGCGGUGCGGACGUGGAACGCGAGAGGCGGAGGAGGCGAGGUAGAAUGGAGCCAGAGAGGCGCGCUGGCCGUUGCCUCAGGCGGGAGCGUCAACGUGUACACCAAGCCAUCUAUCCAAACCCCGUUCAUCCCGGCCGUAUCUCCACCUCUCUACCUCACUCAUGCCGUACCCAUCGCCCACUCACUUCCCUCCGUUCUCAUUCUAGUCCCUGGCUCCGGCGAGCCCAACUUCGACAGCGCCGAAGCAGAUCCGUUCGAGAACAAGCGCGCAAGGAGAGAGCGGGAGGUCAAGGGCCUAUUGGACAAGGUGCGUAGAUUUGAUUAUCGUUGACCCGAAACGACGGCUGAGCAGUACUGCCUCCCAGAUCCAACCGGACAUGAUCACCCUCGACCCCGAGUUCGUCGGCUCACUCGCCCCGGAGCUCAAACUGACCACAGCUGUCGGCGGCGAACCCGACAUCCCCUUCGCGCGCCUCCCGCGCUUAGAGCGCCUCCGUGUGCAGGCAAGGCGGACGAGAUGGAGGG